AUGAGUGACCAACGCACCUCCAUAUUUGUCCCGCGAACCUCGCUGAGGUCUCCCGGUUUCAUAGGCCCAGUUAUCGUAGCUACUGCGCUGCUAGCGGCUUCGAUCUUCACGGCGCCCUGGGAUGAUGAUUUCUCUGUUGUCAAAAUUCAAGAUCCGACAUUCGUUGGGUUUAUCGGUAUCUGGGGCGCCUGCACCAGAUACAAUACCGAUAACGCAACAACUGCCAACCCAACUGCGACGUUAACCGGAAACAGUACCCUUGAUGCAAUUAUUCACAACUCGGGCAAAAACAGAGGCUGCUCUCGACCUGGAAUUGGAUGGACAUUCAGCCUCCCCGUCAACAGUACAGGACUUGCUGGAAUACCACUUCCCAAUAGCACGAUUGGCUUUAACGUAGACCCGUCAGAGAACACAAACGAUCAGGUCUGGGUACAAGUUAUGAGCAAAUCACAAUCUUGCUUACUGGUUACACAUGUCAUAGCUGGAUUUCUGGCCACAUUGGGUUUACUGCUGUUACUGAUACCCUACAAGCCAUUCGAGAAAAAAUCACCUAGUUUGGCCAAAUUCCUCAAGACCGCAUCUACCAGCUUAAUUCUGAUAGGAUUAGGAGCGAUCGCAUCAUUGGUUUCAUUCGUCCUCACGUUCAGUACAGCAUUGAAGAUUCGGAAUAGCAUAAAUCAAAUUGGUGGUGGUGGUGGGACACAUGCUUCGCUAGGAAACAUAUUCUGGUUCUCGAUUGCCGCAUUUUGUCUGUCUAUACCUUCCCUCUGGUCAACAAGAGGGCCGAUGUGA